GCCACACUUCGGAAAGUGGCCUUAACAAACACAUGUCGCUCAGCACAAAUUCCCCAUCCAAAUUCCCAACCCGACCUCGCCCUUCUCGUUCCACAGUACAGACGGCAAAGCGAGCUAGCUCUCUCUCCGCGCUUCAAUAGUUUCUUGCCGGCGUCACACUGGACUUGCAAUUCUGCUCUUCAUGUCAGGGUUUAACGAGGAUAAUAUGGGUUCUCAUGCUCAGCUUUCAUCUCAGUUUUUUGGGGAUCUCCUGGAUUCCAUUAUUGUUGAUGUGGCAUCUGAGUGUCAUCGAAUAGCAAGGUUGGGCCUUGAUCGUAAUUUGGAAGAAGAGGAAGAAGAACUGAGACUGUCAGCACAAGCCCGGGUAAGGGUAGCUGAUCCUAGUAAUAGUGGUGAAGCUAAUAGCAAGUAUGUGGUUGACAUAUUUGGACAAACACAUCCUCCUGUAGCAAAUGAAAUAUUUGAUUGCAUGAAUUGUGGUCGAUCUAUCAUGGCUGGAAGAUUUGCUCCUCAUCUAGAGAAGUGCAUGGGGAAGGGUAGAAAGGCUCGACUCAAGGUAACAAGAAGUAGCACGGCUGUGCAGAACCGGUAUUCACAAGGCAGCCCGGUUUCCACAUACUCUCCUUAUUCAAAUUCCACCAGCACAAGCCGGUUAUCAAAUGGAACAUCCGGUGGUGCAGGUGAGGAGUACUCAAAUGGCACAUUUCAAGAGCCAUGAAACGGAUGAACUUGUCAGGCUAACUUCAGGAGGAUAAAGGCAAAUGACAUGAUUUUUUCUGGGCAUGUCUUCUUGAAGUAUAGUGAGUUCAUGUUCAAUAUUAUAUGCUUGGUCCUCAACCCUCAAUGGUGAAUGGCUUGUGUACCAAUAUUCUUGAUCAAGUCCCACUGAUUGAUUUUUGUUUGAAUGCCAGCAAGAGCAAGAAAGGCAAAUGAAAAAUCUUAUUUUGAUA